UGAUGAUGAUGCAAAAAAAGAAGCGUUUACUGAAAUGUAUGGCGAUCAACUCCUGGACCUUGGAAUUCCGAAUGUGUUCUUAAUGGCACAACAAAAUGGACAUAAACUGAUUGAGUUGAUUGUAAAACAUCACAUAUAUUACAGGAUAUCAGGGGAAAUAUCGCAGUUCUGUGAUGGAAUGAAUGAUGUAAAUGGUGCAUGGUCAAUGGUGACUACCCAUGAAGACCUUUUCCAACGAAUGUUCUGCUACAAGCCAGAGAUGCUGUGUGGGGAUCACGUGAUUAAUUUAUUUCAAGUGAAUUAUGGUCUGCAAGGCUCUAAUGACAGAUCCCUUGAAGAUACAUCAAUAUUUGGAUGGGAAUUAUUUCUACAAGCCAUUGAAGGUAAUUACUUUCAUAAAGAUGUUGGAUAAUUACUUUCUGGCUCAAGUUUUGCUGUCAAUUCCUCAGUCUGUCUGCUUUUUAGCUCACCUUAAGCACGAAGUGAAAGAAUGACAAUGUAUAUGGGCACACGAUCUCGGCUAAGUUCGA